AUUGAUUAUUCUCAUUCCCCUCCAACAAAAAGAGUCCUAUGCUGCAAUUACUCCCUCUCCGGAAAAUCACCGAUCAUCGGAAUCGGAGAGCCCAAAUCGACGCUUUCGGAAGGCUUCGACAUCACACUUCAGCAUCUAAUUCUUCUUUCAUCUCCGUUUAAGCGUCUACAUUUCAAACAUGGCAGCGGAGAGGCACGCCUCUUCGCGCGCAACAUCAUCUGAAGACAACGCGAUGUUUCUUGACAUACUGCAUGAGGCACCGUUAUUUGGCCAUCGGAAGCCUGCAAGAACUGUUGGAAGCAUAAUUUAUUGUUUUGUUUUGGCAAGUAGGCUAUGCUGCUCUGGCUAUUGGAGCGCCAUGGAUUUUUCAUCCUAUAAAGCACUUUGUUGAACCAUUGCUCUGCAGUUGUCAUGUCGUUCUCUUGAUGCUCACAGGUAUCUUUCAGCAAUAUCUAGUAUACCAAGUCCACAAAAUUCGUUUGCAGGGUUAUUAUAGCUUUAGCCAGAAGUUAAAGCAUAUUGUUCGUCUACCUUUUGCAGUUACUGCAUAUGGAACUGCUGCCCUUUUACUUGUCAUGGCAUGGGAACCUCAAAUCAGUGCACUUUCGAUCCCCAUAAUUUUAAGGUUAAUUAUGUUAAUUGAAGCGGUGUGUGCUGGAUCGUUUAUGAUUAUAUAUAUCAGCUAUGUACAAAAGUACAAUUCAUUAAAUUCUCAGCCUGAUGUUUUGAAGUCAUUGUAUUCUCCACUUCAGCAAUCAAGUUCUUUGGAAGAUCUAAGGUAUCAUGAUGUUGGUCGACUUUCUGAUCAGCAAAUGGCUCUGUUGCAAUAUCAGCGAGAGAACCUUCAUUUUCUGAAUGAGGAGAUUCUUCGGUUGCAAGAGUGCUUAAGUAAAUAUGAACGGUCCAGUGAUGGAAGCACGCCUCAGGUUGAUCUUGCCCAUAUGCUAGCUGCUCGUGAUCAGGAAUUGAGGACACUUUCGGCUGAGAUGAAUCAGGUGACAUCAGAACUUAGGCUUGCUCGAUCCGUUAUAGCUGAGAGGGAUACCGAGAUUCAGAAAUUACUCACCACCAACAAGCAGUAUGUAGAAGAAAAUGAAAGACUGAGAGCUAUUCUAGGAGAAUGGAGUACACGGGCGGCAAAGCUCGAGAGAGCGCUGGAAGCUGAGCGUAUGUCAAAUAUUGAACUACAAAAGAAGAUUUCAACACUGAAAAAGCAACCACAUGCAUCCGAAACAUCAGAGGGGCAAGGGAGUUGAUGCCUUUACCAAACCAUAACAUAAAAUAUCAGUUGAAUCUCAAAAUUGGAAUGGAAAUGCGGCCUCGGCGUAGCCUAAAUUUACUCUCAGUUGAAUGUGAGCACCGAAGAUUUGACCCAUUUUCCUCUUGCACUAUGGCCUUCCAGUAUGUGACCAAAUACCGGCAGUAGCUGUAAAGGUAAUGUGAAUGUUCGUUUUUUCCUUCAUUCUUUUCUACUCUUUCUUUUGAAAGCCUUUAGGAACUCAUCUUUUUUUCAUUCUCUCCCCUUUUUUUUGUCUUUUGGACUCAUCACUAAAAACUUCAAUCUCGUUUGAUUCCUCAUACCCAAAAUGACCAAAAAUUUGUUGUACAUCUUUUCUUUUGAAUUAAUUUACAUACUUACUACACACUUACAGGGAAUGACUAAUUUUAGAAGGCCAAAUUGAUAUUAUAUGCCAUAUCAUUGUAAAGUUAUCAAAAUGAAACAUUGUGUAUGCAGGUUGGGAUCUCGCUCCUUUGGAUUUA